AAAUACAUAUAUAAAAAAUUUUCACAAAUAAAUUCUUUCGGUGAAAUAUAUUUGAAUCCUGUAGAGAAGUAGUCUAUAGAAAUAAAAAAAAAAUCCACUACGUGGUCUAUAGAAAUAAAAAAAAUUAGAAAGACUAUUUUAAUAACGUUUUCUACUUGUGCCUACCGGGUGGUCGGAAAACACCACAGGAAAAGGUGAGUGAGUAGUUUGAAGGAAGGAAGGAAGGAAAGAAAGAAAAGAAGAAGAAGAAGAAGACGGACACAAAACCAAACAGCAGAAGCAGCAGCCAUUCAUUAAAUAGCGACAGAGACUUGGUCAAUCAAGUCAAGUCAACCCAUCCUGCCUUUAAUGAUGAAACGAAGAAGCCUGAAAACAACAACAAUCAUCAUCUUCAUUCUAUUAUGUCUCCUUGCUUUCUCCACUGUUUUCGCCCCUCUCCCUCUCCCUCUCCCUCUCCAUCAUAAUAUUAAUAAUAAACAACCCCCAAAACAUCAUCAUCGGCAUCACCAUCAUCAAGUUGCUGUUAAUGCCCGAAAGUUUGAGAUCGCGGAUGAUAUGUUCAUAAAAGACGGACAGCCUUUUCGGAUCAUCGGCGGUGACUUGCAUUAUUUCCGUACACUUCCUGCUUAUUGGGAAGAUAGGUUAUUAAGAGCAAAGGCAUUGGGAUUGAAUGCGAUUCAAACUUAUGUUCCAUGGAAUCUACAUGAACCUAAAGAAGGUCAACUUGAUUUUAGUGGCAUUGCGGAUAUAGUUUCAUUUCUUGAGCUGUGUCACAAGUUGGAUUUGUUGGUCAUGUUACGGCCCGGGCCUUACAUUUGUGCAGAAUGGGAUUUUGGUGGUUUCCCUGCCUGGUUACUUACUAAACAACCGGCCAUCAAACUAAGAUCAUCCGACCCAACAUACCUUGCUUUGGUUGAUAGCUGGUGGGGAAUACUACUUCCUAAAAUUGCCCAUCUUCUAUACCACAAAGGAGGACCUAUCAUCAUGGUUCAGAUAGAGAACGAAUUUGGUUCAUACGGAGAUGACAAAGAUUAUCUGCAUCAUUUGGUCAAGUUAGCAAGGUCACAUCUCGGGGGUGACAUAAUUUUAUAUACUACAGAUGGAGGCACUAGAGAAACUCUCACUAAAGGAACUAUUAGCGGAGAUGCUGUCUUUUCAGCCGUUGAUUUUUCAACUGGAGAGGAUCCUUGGCCUAUUUUUAAGAUGCAAAAGGAAUAUAAUGCACCGGGAAAAUCACCACCCCUUUCUGCAGAGUUUUACACCGGUUGGCUUACACAUUGGGGAGAGAAUAUUGCUACAACGGAUGCAGCUUCUACAGCUGCUGCCUUGGAAAAGAUUCUGUCUAGGAAUGGCUCUGCUGUGCUUUAUAUGGCCCAUGGUGGAACCAAUUUUGGAUUUUUCAAUGGUGCAAACGCUGCUCAAGAAUCCGACUACAAUGCUGAUCUUACAUCCUAUGAUUAUGAUGCUCCUAUUAGUGAAUCUGGUGAUGUGGAUGGUGCGAAGUUCAAAGCAUUGCGAGGCGUUAUAGCUAAGUACACUCCAGUUUCUCUCCCUCCAGCUCCUUCAAAUAAUGAAAAGACAGGAUAUGGCCGUAUUCAGUUAGAAAAAAAAGCAUCUUUAUUUGAUACACUGGACAAUGACUUGUCCAUCCAAGCUAUCGAAUCCGAGAACCCAAUUUCAAUGGAAGCUGCAGGGCAGAUGUUUGGAUUUUUGUUAUAUGCAUCUGAAUACAUAGCUAAGGGUAAGGGGAACACUUUGUCUAUACCAAAGGUACAUGACAGAGCCCAAGUAUAUGUUACAUGCCUUUCUGAAGAUACAAGGGCAAGACCACAAUAUGUUGGCACAACUGAUAGAUGGUCAAAUAACCAUGUUAAUCUUCCUAAUGCCAAAUGUGCUUCCAGCAGUAGACUGUUGUUAAUUCUGGUCGAAAACAUGGGUCGUGUGAAUUAUGGGCAGUACUUGUUUGAUAGCAAGGGCAUACUGUCAGCUGUUUACUUAGAUGGGAAACCUCUGCUUAAUUGGAAGAUGUUACCGAUUCCUCUCAGCAAUCUAAACGAGUUCCCUGAAAUCAGACCAGUUUUCAACAAGUCAUAUUCUAAUUUGGUUGAAGUUUCUACCCGUAAAAACCUGAAAAGCAAACACAUGGGGAUGAAUAUAAAAGAACCAACUUUGUAUACUGGUACUUUUGUUGUUGACAAAGUAACAGACACAUACAUGUCCUUCAAAGGCUGGGGUAAAGGUGUCGCAUUUGUUAAUGACUUCAAUAUUGGGAGAUUCUGGCCGUCAUUUGGGCCCCAGUGUAAUCUCUAUGUUCCCGCUCCGAUCCUCCGACGUGGAAAGAACAACUUGGUGGUAUUCGAGUUAGAAAGUCCAGAACCUGAGCUCGUGGUGAAAUCAGUUGACCAGCAAGACUUCACCUGUGGUUCGAAGAAUUUGAGUGUGCGCCAGCUUUAGCUUUACUCACAUGGCACCUCAAAAUCCGACAUGGGGACUUGGGGUUUUGGUAGUGAAUGCGUCAAAUAUCAAUUAUCGACUUCACAGGUAUAUCGUUGCCACCAUUAUGAUGGCUUUUGGUUAGAUACUAUGUAACAUUGGUCGACGCCUCGAUUAUUAUCCAAAAUACAUAUCUUUAGGACUUCAUUGUGAAGUGUCUUACUUGUCGCAUUCCAAAACUAAGCUCUGUUUGUCAUUAUUGUGAAUUAUUGAUUUUAUUA